AUGCCACAAAGUCCCAUGUUGGCAAGAGCUCUGACAUCAAACAUGGCACUCCCCAAGGUUUCCCUCCUCGUGCUCCUCGUAACCGCCGCUAGCGUCCUCAGCGCCUCGGGACAGACCGAGCCAUACCUAGUCACCAAGGCCCGUCUGACCCGCGCAGCCGCCGUCAGCGCCACCAACGACUUCGAGAAAGCCAACGCGCUCGUCGCGCAGCGCGCUCAGGAUCUCAACGCCGCCGACAAAGCCCUCGCGGACGUCGCCGCCACGUACAACGACGCGCUACAGCUCGUGAACCGUCUCAAAAACACCCUCGCGCACAAACUCGCGGCCAAGGACAAAACCGCCUCCGUGAUUCCCGGCCUGCAGGAAAGCCUCGACGCCGCAAAGGCCGGCCUUGCUACGAGCACGGCGUCGGGAGCGGAUCCUGCCGAUCUCGCAUCCGCGGUUGCAAAUGCGAAGCAGCGUGCGGACAUGACGGCGCAGCAGGUCGACCGGCAGAAGGAAGCCCUUCUUAGCGUUAACUCGGCCGUCACGAAAUUGACGACAAAGAGUGCCGCUAAUCCUAACAUGACAGCCGCGGAGGCCAGUGUUGCUCAGGCUGCAAUGAACGAUAAGACUGCAAUGGCGACGCUCGCGAAGCAGAUUCUGGACGACAUGGUCGCACAGGCGAAGAGCGCGCAGCAGGCGCUGACGAAGCUCCAGGACGCGGCGAACAGCCCCAGCGCGACGUUGGUGGACAAAUCGGCGGUCGCCGCCGCGCAGGCGGCGCUGGACGCGGUGGUGAGGUCGGACAACGACGCGGCGGCGGCGGGGGCGCAGGCGACGAGCGACGUGAGCGACGCCCAGGCGUCGGUUCCGGCGCGAUCAGCGGCGGUGACGAACGCGAAGAUUGCGCAGAGCAAGGCUCUGGCGGCGAAGGCGAGCGCGGAUAAUGCUGCUGCUGCGAUGAAGAGCAGGAUGGACGCUGCAGUGGCUGUUGCGGAAUCCGCUGAGUCUGCUGCGAAGACUGCUGGUUACUCUUGGACGUGGUAA